UUUCUUUUCUUAUCAUCUGUUUGAUUGUUUUUUUUCUAUUGAUUAAAACAACAAUAAUGGGACGACAUUGGGAUAGUAAACGUUCCAGAAGCCGAUCACCAUCAAGAUCUACAUUAUCAUCUUCGUUUCGAUCAUCAAGUUAUCGUGAUCGUGAUUAUAAAAAUCGUUCAUCAUCAUCAUCAUCAUCAUCACAUCGUACAGAAUCAUCGAAAUCAUCAUCAUCAUCGCGUAGAGAUAAAGACCAUCAUUCAUCAUCAUCUCGUCAUCGUUCUAGAUCUCGUUCAUGGUCUCGAUCACCGGAACGCCGUGAUCAUCAUCGUUCUAGAUCACCAUCUUAUCAUAAAUCAAAACGUUUAUCCAAAUCACCUGAACGUGUUAACCGGGAACGUGUUGAAGAUAUUAUUGGUCAAGAUGUAAAUUAUAAAAAUUUCGAUAUGGAUGAACAACAGAAACGUUUGGAAAAGAUUAUGCAAGAACGUCGUGAACGUAUAGAAAAAUGGCGUCAACAACAGAAACUUGGUGAAUCAUUACAAAAUAAUAAUACAAAUGAAACUUCCACUGUUAAUCAAAAAAAUGAUAAUGGUGCCGCUGCUAACGCUGCUACUGUUUCCAAUGAAAUCAAAAAAGAAGAUGAACCAAAAAAGACAUGGACAUUAGAUGAUGAAAAUGAUGAUGAUGACGAUGACGACGAUAAUGAUGUUGAUAAUGCCAAUGAAACCAUUGAAGUUGAUGAGGAAAAUUUUCACACUCCUACAGUAACAAAAGUUGAAAUUGAAGAUAAAAUUGAGGAAGUUGCAAAAGUUGAUAAUAAAGAAGCAAAAUCUGUAACGAAUGAAGAUGAAACCAUUUCAACAUCGACAGAAAAAAUGGAAACAGAACAACAACAAACAACGGAACAAUCGGAAGAAAAACAAAAACAAAAUAAUGAUGAUGAAGAUGAUGAUAUUGAUCCAUUAGAUGCUUAUAUGCAAGGUAUUCAAGAAGAAGUGAAAAAAUAUCGACAACAAACUGUUCAUGCUAACAAACGAAAUGAUAAAGUUACCGUUGUUGUUGGUGUAGCCAAGAAAAAAUCCAUAAAAAAGAAAGGUGAAUUAAUUGAACAAAAUCAAGAUGCAAUGGAAUAUUCAUCUAGUGAUGAAAUUGGCCAAAAUGAUGAAUUAGCAAAUGCAAUGGAUAAUUUACAAGCAAAAGUUAAACAAAAAAAAUUGAUGACCAUUUCAAAAGAAGAUAUUACAUAUGUUAAAUUUCGUAAAAAUUUCUACAUAGAAGUACCUGAAAUCACUAAAAUGACCAAUGAAGAAGUUGAUGCAUAUAAGACAAAAAUGGAAGGAAUAAAAACCAAAGGUAAAGGUUGUCCAAGACCAAUAAAAUCAUGGGCACAAUGUGGUGUAAGUAAAAAAGUAUUGGAAGUUUUGAAACGAAACAAUUAUGAAAAACCAACUCCAAUUCAAUGUCAAGCAAUACCGGCCAUAAUGUCUGGACGUGAUCUGAUUGGCAUAGCAAAAACUGGUUCAGGCAAAACAUUGGCAUUUUUAUUGCCAAUGUUUCGACAUAUAAUGGAUCAACCACCAUUGGAAUCUGGUGAUGGUCCAAUAUCCGUGAUUAUGACACCAACACGUGAAUUGGCCACUCAAAUCUAUUCGGAAUGUCGGAAAUUUGCCAAACCACUUGGUUUGAGAGUGGUAGCCGUAUAUGGUGGUACACCGAUUUCCGAACAAAUUGGUGACCUAAAACCUGGUGCCGAAAUUGUUGUCUGUACUCCUGGUCGAAUGAUCGAUAUGUUGGCAGCAAAUAAUGGUCGCGUCACAAAUCUUCGUCGAUGUACGUAUGUUGUAUUGGAUGAAGCUGAUCGAAUGUUUGACAUGGGAUUUGAACCACAAGUUAUGCGAAUUAUCGAUGGAAUUCGACCGGAUCGACAAACAGUCAUGUUUUCGGCAACAUUUCCGCGAAUAAUGGAAGCACUUGCACGUAGAAUAUUGGAUAAACCGAUUGAAGUUCAAGUCGGUGGUAGAUCUGUAGUGUGUAAAGAAGUUCAACAAGAAAUUAUUGUUAUCGAUGAUGAUGACAAAUUUUUGAAAUUGCUAGAAAUUCUGGGAAAAUAUUCGAAUGAAGGCAGUGCUAUUGUUUUCGUCGACAAACAAGAACAUGCAGAUAUGUUAUUGAAAGAAUUAAUGCAUGCAUCAUAUACUUGUUUAGCAUUACAUGGUGGUAUCGAUCAAAAUGAUCGUGAUUCUACAAUUGCUGAUUUUAAAAAUGGACGUGUCAAUGUUUUAGUUGCAACAUCUGUAGCAGCACGUGGUUUAGAUGUUAAACAUUGUAUUGUGGUGAUUAAUUAUGAUUGUCCAAAUCAUUAUGAAGAUUAUGUACAUCGAUGUGGUCGUACUGGUCGUGCUGGAAACAAAGGUUAUGCUUAUACAUUUAUAACACCUGAACAGGGUCGUUAUUCAAAUGAUUUAAUAAAAGCAUUAACAUCAAGUGGAAAUAUGAUACCGGAAAGUUUACAAAAAUUAUUUGAUGAUUAUAAACGUGAACAAGAAUUGAUGGGUAAAAAAGUAAAAUCAUCAUCUGGUUUCACUGGUAAAGGUUUCAAAUUCGAUGAAGCUGAAGCAAUGCAAGCAGUGGAGAAGAAAAAAUUUCAAAAAGCAGCACUCGGCCUUCAAGAUUCUGAUGACGAAGAUCCAGAAGAAGAUAUUGAUCAAGAAAUUGAAAAUAUGUUGGCACCAAAAAAGAAGACAAUCAUACAGCCAUUAAUACCUACUGGUGAGAAAACAUUAUCGGAAAAAUUAGAAUUAGCCAAACAAUUGGCAUCGAAAAUAUCAAUGACAAAAACACCGGCUGUAAAUCCAAUUGUAACGAAUAAACCAUCAGCAACGGCACAUACAGAAGCAAUACUUAAAGGUGAUGCAUUUUCAUUGGGAGAUAUUGCUAGCACUGUAACUGCUAAAUCUAUUGCUGAACAACGUGCCGAACUUAUCAAUGCUAAACUAAAUUAUACACCAAAAGAUUUUGAAUAUAAUGAUGAUGGUGAAAUUAUCAAACGAGAUGAUGAUGAUUUAUUUGCACAAACAUUGACACAACGUUAUGAAGAAGAAUUAGAGAUUAAUGAUUUUCCACAACAAGCUAGAUGGCGUGUAACUAGUAAAGAAGCUAUCGCUAUGAUUAGUGAAUAUUCUGAAGCCGGUAUCACUGUUCGUGGUACUUAUUUUCCAACUGGUAAAGAACCUAAAGUUGAAUUGGGUGAACGAAAAUUAUAUCUGGCCAUUGAAGGUAUGAAUGAACGUGCUGUAAGCAAAGCUAAAAGUGAAAUUAUUCGUCUAAUCAAAGAAGAAUUAAUCAAAUUGAAUAAUACAUCAUAUUUGAAUAAAAGCCGAUAUCGUGUUGUUUGAUUAUCCAUUAUUAUUCAUUCCAGA